CUGGUCAAGCUCAUGGAGGCAAUCCAGCCUCUGGGAAAGAAGAUCUUCAACGCCCUUCAGCAAGUUGACCCAAAGGCCUGCUGGCGACUUGACCGGUGAGUGUCAUCGCGCUUGGACGCGCUUACUUCAGAGUCAAUAAGAUGCUUCGCCUACAUUGGCUCCGCACCACAGGCAAGCCCAUGCCUAUGCACCUCCAGACAGGCUUCUACCCCUCCAUUGCCAUCAAGGUGGGCUCUGCCUCUGGUUGCCACGUUGACCGGGGCAAUUGUCCCUUCAGCUACACAGCUGUGGUAGCACUCCCCCUCCAGCACGGCUUCUCUGGUGCUGAGAUGUUCAUCCCCCAGCUCAACGUGGCAGUUGCCAUGGAGGAGAGGGACCUCCUGGUCUUCCCUGCAUCACGCUACCGCCACAUGAAUUUUCCAUGUGACAAUGGCCAGAACCGCCUCGCCAUCACCUGGUUCAUGGGCAAUGAGCUUGUUAAAUGGGCAGAGCGUUACGACAUGCCCCUCUUCCUAAGUGGGCCCAGGCUCCACAGUGGUGAAGUGCCUUGCACUGGCCACUAUGUAAGUCCCAGUGAUGAGGAGGACAAAUAUGCGGCAGACAACUAGGAUCUUUCGUAUUACAAGUAUGUAUAGCAUAUUCCUCUCCAGUUGUAAACAACAAUAGCGUCAACAUGUCACAGGUUGAUCGCGGGAAGUAGCGGACUCCGCUUCAGGCCGCAAAGAAUGGAGCCACCCGCGAAUUUUCAGCCCUUCCAGUGAGCGCUCUUGGGAUUAGACCUGGAGCGGGACGAUGUGAGCGUCGGCGUGCACCACGGACGCCCAUCAGUACGAUUCCGACGCCGUACUCAAGAUGGUCGAGCUGAGCGUCGUGUUUGCUGACGAUCGAGGACGCAUCAUCAGU